CGCCAAUUGCUCUCCGCCGGCACAAUCACAAUGCUGUCCAGUUCGGCUUUCAGACGGCCAGCCCAGCGCGCUGCCCGCAACCUCUCCGCCCCGUCGACUCGCGGUCUCGCUGCACCCGCCUCGGGUUCCUUCGCCUUUGAGACCGGCUCCGCCAAUGGCGUCAAGUUCGCCAGCAGAGACAUGGCCGGUCCUAUGACCAAGCUCGCCAUUGUCGCAAAGGCCGGUACCCGCUACGAGCCCCUGCCCGGCCUCACCCUCGGUCUGCAGAGCUUCGCCUUCAAGGGCACCCACCAGCGCUCCACCCUCCGCAUCCAGCGCGAGGCCGAGCUGAUGGGCUCUCAGACCUACUCCUCGCACUCCCGCGAGAACCUCGUUGUCGGCGCAAAGUUCCUCAGAGACGACCUGCCUUACUUUGUUGAGCUCCUCGCAGAGGUCGCUACCCAGACAAAGUACGCCCCUCACGUCUACCACGAGGAGGUCUACCCCCACAUCCAGCUCGCCCAGAAGCGCUUCCUCGGCGAUGUCCUCGAGAUGGCCGUCAACUCCGCCCACGGCCUUGCCUACCACCGCGGUCUCGGUGUCCCCACCUCGCCUUCUUCCUCCGUCCCUCUGAGCAAGUACCUCGACGCCGAUUCUAUCGCCGACUUUGCCGACUCUGCCUACGCUGCCCCCAACUUCGCCAUUGUCGCCAACGGUGUUGAGUCUGCCGAGCUUUCCAAGUGGGUUGGCCAGUUCUUCAACAACAUUCCUUCCACCCCCAGAGCCAACAUCACCACACCCAAGUCUCAGUACUACGGUGGUGAGGAGCGUAUUGCUCACGCUUCCGGUAACGCCAUGGUCCUUGCUUUCCCCGGCUCAACCACUCCUACUGGUGAAUCCUACAAGCCCGAGAUUGCCGUUCUUGCCGCCCUCCUCGGUGGUCAGUCAGCCAUCAAGUGGUCAUCUGGUUUCUCUCUUCUCUCCAAGGCCGCUUCCAAGUACCAGGGUGCUACCGUCGCCACCAAGAGCGCCAUCUACUCUGACUCUGGUCUUCUCUCCGUCUCCAUCAAGGGAUCCGCAAAGGAUGUCAAGGGUGCUGCUCAGGAGGUUGUCAGCGCCCUCAAGCAGGUUGCUCAGGGUGUCAGCAAGGAGGACUUCACCAAGGCCAAGGCCGCCGCCAAGUUCAAGGAGCUCGAGUUCGGCCAGAACAUUGAUGCCGGUAUUGAGCUUACUGGUGCCGGUCUCAUCCAGGGCAACAAGGCCUACCAAAUAGAUGAGGUUGCCAAGGGUAUCGAUGCUGUCACUGAGGAGCAGCUUAAGGAGGCUGCCAAGGCCAUCUUCGAGAGCAAGGCUUCAGUGUCAUCGGUCGGUGACCUUCACGUGCUCCCUUACGCUGAGGAGCUGGGCCUCAAGGUGUAAAUAUGAACUGGAAUGCAGAGGCAGAAAAAAUGUACCAUUAAACCUGUACUCGCGAUUCUGCGUAGACUUGCAAUUUUUUCGUUUGUUUAUAAAAGAGCCUUUUUCUUCUUUCAUUUCUUUGCUACGAGUGUGGAUAAGCUGUUAAUUGAGUUUGAUGACGGAGAAAGUUGAAGAAGAGAAAGGUGCGACCCAUGAGUUCCCGAUACGCAGCGAGACCAAAGAGAUUCAUCUAUGAUGAGAGUGAUGCCGGGCUCCUUCGACUUGACGGCGAAUCGUGUCUCGUCUACGCUGCUCAUCAAUCAAAAGACACCAUGAACAACAUUAGGGUGAUUGGUUUUGUUCAGUACACGUGACGUGCGGGCGGAGAAGUCGCGCCAAGAGCGGAGAGAGACGGUGCAAGUCGAGGGCAAGCGCAUUCAAUC